AUGGAAGACAAGAGAAGAGCGACUUACCGGUACACAGCUCGGCAAACGGUCGGUGAGGGCGUUGAAACAAAGAGCUUGGCGGAUGCGAUGGAGGCGUGGUUGCAAGCCGGCGAGGACGUUGGCGGGGAUCUUGGUAUCGAUCGAGCACUACUACUACCCAAGGACGGCACAACAGAAGACAACAGCAUUUGGCUCGGCUGCAACAAACCAGCGGCGGUUAAUUUGGCGGCACAAAGCUACAUGCAAGGCGAGGAAAGAGCGACUUACCGGUACAGAUGUUCGGCGGAUUCCGAUGGAAGUACCGUCGACAGCGGCGAGGACGUUGGUGGGGAUCUCGGCACUGAUCGAUCGCUACUACUAGCCAGGGACAGCACAACAGAAGAAAAU